AUGGCGGAGGCUACGGAGGGGAACCCGGAGGACGGGGAUUUCCACCUCCUCAUGGAGUACGCGCACGGCUUCAUGGUCUCGCAGGUCCUCUUCACGGCCUCCGACCUCGGCUUGUUCGAGGCCCUGGCACCGGGUCCCCUGGAUGCCACCGCGGUCGCCCGGGCCCUGGGUUCGAGUCCUCGGGGGACGCGGCUGCUGCUGGACGCCUGCGCCGGCCUGGGGCUCGUGCGGGCGGAGGACGGCGGGGGAGGAGGCCCCGCCUUCGCCCUCACGCGUCUCUCGCGCCUGUUCCUGCUGGCGGGCAGCCCCCUGUCUCAGCGCUCGAUGCUGCGCUACCUGGCGGGGACGACGGCUCGGUGCUGGGGCGAGCUGGGCGGGGCCGUGCGGGAGGGGCGGAGCCAGUACGCACGUGCAGUGGGCGUGGCCACGCGAGAGCCGUUCGAGGCCAUUUACAGGUCCCGCGCCGAGCGCCUGCUCUUCAUGCGCGCCCUGCAGGACACGUGGGGCGUCUACGGGGCCCGGGUGCUCACGGCCUUUGACCUCUCGGAGUUCAGGGUCAUCUGUGACAUUGGCGGCGGCUCCGGUGCCCUGGCCGCGGCCUGCGCCCGCCUCUACCCCGCCAGCUCCGUGUCCGUCUUCGACACCCCCGACGUCGUUGCCACCGCCCGCGCCCACUUCCGGCGCCCACGGGGGGACCCGCCCAUCCGCUUCCUGGGAGGCGACUUCUUCCGGUCCCCGCUCCCUCGCUCCGACCUCUACAUCCUGGCCCGGGUCCUGCACGACUGGACGGACGCGGACGCCGCGCGGCUGCUGGGGAGGAUCGGGCGUGCGGGCGGACGGGGCGCCGCCCUCCUCCUGGUCGAGGCCGUGCUGACCCCCGGGGGCCGCGGGCCGGCGCGGGCGCUGCUGCUGUCGCUGACGAUGCUGCUGCAGACGCGGGGCCGCGAGCGCACGGAGGCCGAGUUCCGCGCCAUGGCCGCCGCCGCCGGCUUCGCCCACUUCCAGCGCCGCCUGACCGGGGGCGACCUCGAGGUCAUGCUGGCCAGGAAGUGA